UUUAUGAAUAAUGUGUAAAAAUAAAGUAUUGACGAUUUAAACUUGAGCAAUUUAACAUUUUGUUCAUUCUCCGUAUUUUCCUACUCUAAUCUGUAUUAUUAUUGAUGUUUAAACUGUAAAAUAAUUUUAGCUGAAAUGUGUAAGCAAACAUUCAAAUGUGAGCUGUAUAAUAUUUUCAAUGGAAAUGUAAAGUAGAUUUGCCUCCUAAGACUCUUUAGAAAUGAUUAAAAGGGUUGAAAUAAUAAAUGUUUUUUUCUGGUGAAUAUAUUAUUUGAGAGUUGUAUGUACUUAAAAUAGCACUAUAUACAACCAAUAGGCUAUCAUCAAACAGUUCAAGGAGCUGAGUAAAAUAAAGUAUAAAGGGAUAAAGAAGUAUGAGAUCGGAUAAGGUAAUAAAGAAGAGUGUUCAUGACUACGAGAGGAACGACUCCAAGGAAAAUAAUUUACUUGAUAGAGCCAACUCUAGUCUGCUCUCAAAAUCCAAAUCAAAGUAUUUGGAGGCUGAGAACUCGGGGUUUAAGAACUAUGUGACAAAGCAGGCUCUUUUACAAAGCAGAAUGAGUUCAGUUGAAACUGAUGUUCCAUCAACUCACUACAGAAGCUUAAUUUCUGCACGUAAACCAGAGCCUCAAUUCAACGUCUACAACCAACAGGAAAAUUCAGUUACAGCAUACAAUUCAUCACAAACCACUAAUUUUAACCCUAAUCACAUCACCAACUAUAAUAGCUAUAACAGCUACAAUCCCAACUAUAACACCAAUUUCACUUCUAACUUCAACAGCAAUUACACUAGUAACAACGAAAAGGUACCAGAAUCAUCAGCUCCUUUAAAAGAUAACUACACGGGUGUAUCUUCAACUAAAUAUAAACCACUAAAGAGUUCAACUAUUAAGAAGGAAAGGCCAUCGAUUAAGCCUGCCCAAAGUGAUAUAAAAUGGGAUCUUGGGGAACGUUACAAGUUUGUUGAUAUGGUGGGCUCUGGGUCAUACGGCCAUGUUUGCAGGGCUUAUGACUCACAGCUAAACAAAUUUGUGGCAGUUAAAAGGAUUCAUAAGGUGUUUGAUGACUUGAUUGACUGUAAAAGAAUUUUGAGGGAAAUUGCAAUUCUUAAUAGGCUUGACCACCCAAACGUGGUUAAGAUUUUGGACAUUCUAGUCCCUGACAAUUUGGAGACAUUUGACGUUUUGUAUGUAGUUCUUGAAAUCGCAGCUUCUGAUAUUAAGCAGUUGGUCAGGUCGCCUGCCUUUUUGAAUGAAAACCACAUUAGGCUUUUGGUGUUUAAUUUGCUUUCUGGCGUUCACUACCUUCACUCUGUCGGCAUAUACCACAGGGACUUAAAACCUGCUAAUUGCCUUAUUAACAGAGAUUGCAGUGUAAAAAUCUGUGACUUUGGACUUGCUAGAACUACUACUUUCCCUGAGGAGUUCAUGGACUCCACUUCUUAUUCUGGAAGGCAGGCUGAAGUUUCAUACUCCAGCAGGCCUGUUGAAAGUAUUAGCACUAGUUAUUCAACAUCAAGAUCGUUGCCUGAUUACGCCUGUGGCCUUGGUUCUUCUGAAAAACUUAUUUCAGACACUGCAUCUGGGAACGCUACAUUGAAUCCAUACACCAACACGGUCACUGUUAAGGGUCCGAUGAGACAGAUUUACAGGAGACAGCUUACUGGUCAUGUUGUAACUAGGUGGUACAGAGCUCCAGAACUGAUUUUACUUCAAGAAAAUUACUCUUUUGCUGUUGACAUUUGGUCUGUUGGUUGUAUUUUUGCUGAACUUUUAAACAUGAUGAAGGUGAAUGUUAGUGAUCCUUGUGACAGAUCUCCUUUGUUUCCUGGAAGUUCAUGUUUCCCUCUAUCACCUGAUAACAAGAAUGCUAACCCAAGAACCACUCGUGAAAAUGAUCAGCUUAACCUAAUCUUUAAUGUUCUCGGCACUCCGUCUGAAGAGGAUAUUAACUGCAUUCAGAAGGCUGACGUUCGUCGUUAUGUUAAAUUUUUUGCCAAACGCAGUUUCCAGGAUCUGAGGACUAAAUUCAAGGGUGCUUCUCUAGAAUCUAUUGAUUUGCUCAAAAAGAUGCUAACUUUUAACCCCGACAAGCGUAUUUCUGUUUUCGAUGCUCUCAAUCAUCCCUACUUCAAGUCUAUCAGCAAGCCUAGGAACAACUUUGAUUCUAUUCCCAAAGUUACUCUUCCCUUUAAUGACUGGGUUAACAUGUCUGAAAGUCAGCUUCGAUAUUCUUUUUUGCGUGAAAUUCAAAGAUAUCACAAGGACUUUAAGAUCCCUGUAAAGAUAAUAUAUCGCUCAUGACAUCGCACUCAUAAAC